AUUGCACGCACGUAGGGAAUAUCUACUACACCCAGGCAGGUGCGACCGGCUACCUAGCUUACUGCACAGCAAAGCCUGCUCUCGCUGCCGUAUAUACGCUGAGCGGAGUAAUUCAGUCGUAAUUCUGCGGCUUAUUGGCUGCGAUAAGGAUGGUUUAGAUCUUACAACAGUUCCAAGAACAUGGCGAUACAUUGAAGAUAUUAUCUCCUCUAGGCACACCUCGAAUCUACCUCGGACAACCACCACUGGUGGUCCAUCUGUCCCUGUACAUCUGCGUCUUUAUCCUUGGAUCAUGUGGGCGCCAUGGAGAGUGAGACGGCGUUGAGGACUGGUUCUGUGGAUUAGCGUCUGCAACAGCCGAUAAUAGACAGUGCCAACCCUGCCCAGAAGGGCUACCUUAGAUAGGUAGGUAGUUGUCGUUGCGUGUGACGUGAUGGCGCGUUAGAGUUGGGACACGGGUCUGUAAUGGACAGCUUCUUGGUAUCAAGUCUCACGUUCGAUGUGGCAAUGCGUGGAGAGGCAGGGCUUGCUACGCUCACUACCAAUACUCUUCCACCACAACAGCGAGACUUCUAUUACAAUCUCUUUAUCUGUUACGUCGUCCUCAAUGGUGACCUCAACGCCGCCCCACCACCCUCCUCCGCCUUCCUGCCCCACCCUCCGCCCUCCACUCACCCCUCCCCUUGCUUCUUCAGCUCAAUCAGCGGCUCUGAUAAUACUGAUUUGCUCGACGACCGCUCCGGCUUGUCUCCCUCUGCUGUAAACGUAGCGCCCGCCGACGACGCCCCGAUCCUGCAGCGCCGCAUUCUCACGGCCCGCUCGGUUCCCGCUCUUGCCGCCGAGUUGUUUUGGACCAAAGAUUUUGUCGACAAGGAGACCGCGCGCGCGAACGCUGCAGCAGAAUCUGGAGUGCCUUUUGUAGUCGACUUGCAUUUGCAACCGAAUGAUGAAACGUCCUCUGAUAAGACAAUUAACUACGACUCUUCUACGCCGGGCCCGUAUAGGAGGUUGCAAUUGGCCAAAGGUCCAAAACCCUUCGAGGGCAAUGCACAGGUUGCAAACGCUGGCCACUUUCGCGCUACUGCCUUGCACGGUAACUCGGCUCUAGAGGGUCAGGUGGCAGAGAGUGUCAGCCAAGAUCCAGAGAAGACUGGCACCAGCGUGGCCGCCAAUCGUAAAGGCAUGGGGAAGGUGUGAGAGACGCAGCGUGCUAGGAGCAACUCGUCCCGUGGAAGCCAGCGUGGUAGAGGGCAGUCGUCUCCGGGAUGUCAGCGUGGUGGAGGAGAGUCGUCUCGUGGAGAUCAGCGUGCUGGUACCAGUGAGCCCGAGAAUUCUUCCAAGGAGGUGUAACCGCGAUACCCUAGUCAGGUUGAUUUUACUGUGCCUGCAUGGUGUAAUGGAAAGCAACAAACACAAUCUUACCUUAUAGUGGCAAGCACAACAGAUCUUUACCUACAUGGCUUUUCAUGACAUCCUCUGCUUAGGUAUUCUGACCAGAAGUAUUACCCCGUUGCAUACAGAAUACGUAUCUUAUAAAAGGGUAGAUGUAUCUAGGGACGCUGGCGUGGCGCAACACCAUGGUGAUACCUUGGAGUGAUAGACGAC